AUCUCUAACAAAAAUAGACCGUAAAAGAAAUUCAGAUGGUAUGUGACGUCAUAACUACCGAUGGAUUUCAUGGCGCUGGACAAAUCAACUAGCUUGACAACAGAUCAUGGAACAUAUUGACUGUUUUAUUUUCAGUACAUUCGUGAAGAUCUUGAUACAGACCCGAUCGUCGUCGGUGAAAUCGACCGUGAAAACACAACGUAAUAAACAAAAGAGCACCAGUGCGCAGGUGCGCGAAAGUUCAAUAAUAAUGGCAAAACUGGUCAUACCUGUUGACUGGAGACAACAAAGAUUUACACAAUGUGAUUAAAAUUGAAUUCUCCUUUCAAUUCUCGACACAUUUACCAUAGCCUGAGUUGAGAGAAUCAAAAACACUAUCGGUUACGAAAACAACAGGUUAAAUCUCCCAAGGAUGAGUAGAAUUCAGCGCGAGUAAUUGCCUGCUGCCAGACUGAGAUUUUUGUCGGUUCGGCGCUCGAUAAAUCUUUAGUCUACACUUCAACUAUGCCCGCAUUCGAGGUUUAGAAAACAGCAGUUUUCAAAGGACCAAUAAUAUGGAAACUAGUUGUUUGCGCUGGAGGUUGAGACAGUAGAGAGAGACUUUCAUUGACGCAGUAUAGAACAAAGGAAGCUCCGACGAUGACAUCGACUGCGAUUCAAAUGAACUCUCAAAGCUCGGACUGAAUACCAUCACAUCUGAAGAUCUGAAAGGAAGCGGGUAACUCCCAAAAGAUAAAUGGCGCUGAUAGUCGAUUUGAUCGUGGUGUGGUUUGUUUUCUGGAGUGCCAAAUUGUGGGUAAUAACAGAGUCGGUUGAAAGAUGUAAGCGAUACCCGGAUCCCAAGAACGGUCACAUUGUAUGCGACAGCCUGUUUCGCUUAUUUUGCGCCCCGGAGUGUGACGAGGGUUUCACGUUUGAGGAUAAGCCAGCAGUGGUAUACAUGUGUGGGCCUCUAACGGGAGAAUGGUUCACAUACCCUGAAGGAGAAAAGAUCCCCUGGCCUGACUGUGUAAGAAAAGAAAGCUCUAAGGGUGAUAAUCUGGAAGAUGAUGCGGCGACUCGCAGGGCGCAAAUAACUCAGAAAAUUCAUCAAACACAUCAAGGGAUGUUCCUUAGUAAUCGCCGAAUGAAACCGACGCAACUGACUGAACACCCGAACACCAGAUAUCUUCAUCUCUUUGACUACAUUCAGAGGGCACAUCAGAUUUAUAAUGAUAAACAGAAGCCGUCUAUUGGAUACAAUGCUUUAGAACAGCAAAGGCAGUUAGAGUUACAACAACAACAACAACAACAAAAGAAACAAAAACAACUGCUAAUACAACAACAAAUGCAGAGGAGACAAAAAGUGAUAGAAAAGCAGAAAUUAGUGCGACAGGAACAAAAUUUUCAGCGAGAAAUGAUGGAAAAACAACGUCAACAGCGCGAAGCAUUAAUUGAAUCACCAACUACAAUUAAUCACCAACACGUUAUUGCAACUCCGUCUACUCCAUGGAGAAAUCCUGCAUAUCAAAAUUGGCAGAAGAAUCUUCAAUCCAAUGCUAGAGUUGAUUCCAGAUUUGUAUCUCCUGUGCAUGCUACGCCAUGGAGUUCAUAUUAUCCAAAAACGCCACAACCUAUACAUGAAAGAUAUUCCGCUACGUACGGAACACUUCAGGAGAAGACAAGAAGCAACGUGGCAAACGGUAAUUUCAAUCAACAGCUACGUAAUUCAGAAGUAGGAGCAAAUUCCGUAGGCUUGACCCAACAGAACGUUGUACGAAAAUCCUCACUGCAAAACAAUCAGGUGGAAAGAAAUCUGACGCCAGUGAAAGAACAACCUGUCACGAGUACCUGGCAACGCCCAGACUUCAAUAGAGUACUACCAAGCUCACAACGAAAUGCUACUUCUCUGACUCUACAACCUCUGCAACAUAACCAGAAUGACGUUCAUGUAAGGCCACAGCUGAUCUCCAAUCAGAUCACAUCUCCUGGAGUUGACGUCAACCUUACAACCCAAUCACAGUUCAAAAUCUCUUCAACUAACCAAUCGGAAGCAGGAAACCAAUUUAAUGUCUCUCCGAAGAGGGAGCGUCCCCAGUUGUUAACACAAACAGCCAAAGGUCAAGUUAAUCAAUUUUCUGCAAAGGCUGCAGGUUCAGUGUUUCAAACAAACAACGAUGGACCUCCUAGAGUGGAAUCUGAAGACGAUCUAAAUAAAACGUCUCAAACAGAAGGACAAAGAGGUGUGGGAGAUGGAGCAGAGAAUAGGACACAAGAAAAAACUCAAAAGAAAGAAAAGCUGUUUUAUUUCCCAAUUAAAAGAGACACUUUAAUAAGGCUGUUGCCUUCGAACCUCCAGGAAAAAUACAGAUCUCUUCGAGAAACCAGAAACAUUAACUCAACUUACGAGGCCUCCAUUAACAAAAAGAAAGAAAACUCGACAGUUCUGGAAGACAUGAAAGCUCAGCAAAAUGUAGCUCAAAAAAUGGAUUCUUCAGCGAAUGUUUCCAACUUUAAAUAUUCUAUUCGGCAAAUUAAAACAGGAAAUGACAGUAUAACAGAAUAUUUUGAUCUACUGCCCCAGAGCACACCGAACGGUUCGUAUCAAAGCGAAGAGCCAAUUAAGUCAAGUAAUACCACCAUUGUUCCUUCUACAACAUUCAAAAACUAAAAUUAGAAUUUUUCUUUUGAAAAUCCCGAAGAUGAAGCUAAUAUCAUUGAAGAAUUAAAGGAAAUCGGAUUGUAAAAUAAGCCUAUUGUGUUGUACCAAUUUUGAAGAAAAAACAUCCCCCCCGCAACUAGCUUAAAUUUAUAUUUCAAAAACACCGCUUCCUGUGUGCUAAAAGCAAAUGAUACUUUAAGACCUUAGAAUUUUCUAGUCCCUUCUAAUGCAUGUGUAUAUUUUGAAGCAAAUUAAAAUUUAACAACAAUAAUUUUUUUUAGUCUAUAAUUUAAUUUAUUAACUGAAGCUGACUGAAAAUUUUGAAAACCCUGAGGGCCUUGAUUAGAAACACUUUCUCGUAAAUUUUUAAUUUGUCUAUAUUGGACGGAAAUAAAAAAAUGUACUUGGUACCAGAUAUAAACAAAUAUAGAGUUAUUUUCAACGCAUAUCUCUUGUUUUAAUUUUGCAAUUUUUUUAGUCGGAAAAAGCACCAGUAUAGUUCUUUCAGGAGAUAAAUCUUAUUUUUAACAUUCCAGUCACGGUCCUGUGUUCCUUCAAAGUAUUCAAGCAAUCCGUACAAUAAAAAUUAUUUUCAAAAAAAUCGAAAGUAAUAUAAGAAUGUAUAUAAGUGGUCAAAGGUCAAUUCCCUAUCUAGUUUCCUCACAGCUAACCGGAUCGAUUUUGCAAAAUAGAGAUUGAUUUGUCUUUGACAAUUUUAGGGUUAACCUUUCAGCACUGUUAAAAAGGUAGAAAUUAAAGGGAAAAGAUUCCAGCCGGUCUUAAUAAACCAGCUCCGUGUUUCCUCCACUAUUUUGAGAAACAUGACCUAAAGUCGGAAACGUUUCCACACGUUGUAUGAGACUUCGACUUGACUUAACUUGAUAUAUUCUCUAAAAUUAAGCAUACAUCUAACUGAAAAACAUAACUAGAAAGAGUGAAGAAUCUAGUUGAUAAAAUGUAAUUGCAAGAAAACACGCGCGGUCAUUCUUUUGGAUUUUGUUUCUAACCUCAGCCGGUCGAAUCCACGGAGAAAGACCAACGUAUGAAUUAUUACAUGAAAGCGAAACUUCUCAAAGAAUUUGUACUCCCAUGGUUUGAAGAGAAAAACCUGUAGUCAGAAAUCGUAACUUAACAUGAUACGUGCAUUCUGCAUGUAUAAAAAGAAUGAAACGUUACAGGAAUUACUUGACGUCGACAUCAGGCUUCUACACAAAAUAAGUAUUUCGUCCAAUGUUGGUUUUCUGAUCAAGGAAAAAGCUGCCGUAUC